GUCAUUUGCUGAGCUGCAUGGCCGAGAUCCCACUCUGCUCACAAGGGUCAGGCGUGUUAGUUCUGCUCUAGCAUGUGAACUCUCAUCCUUCUCCGUCUGUAUGGUGCCUCUGUGGCGCUUUGCCCGAGCCAUGGGCCUCCGUUCAACGCUGGGAAGCCUUCUGUUUUUCUUUGGGCUAUAUGGAAUAUGUAAAGGAUUUUUACAGGAGAACUGUACCAACUACAAUGUCCAGUUUGAGAGGGUUUACUCUGUUCCUGGGGAUAUGGCUAUGCUGAAUAGCACACUGGUGUCUCCAGAUGUCUUCAACUUCACAGCUGCCCCUUACAACAUCACCUGGUACGACUCAAAGACGGGCGACGAAAUGAGCAACCAGACUGGUCGAAUCCUGGUUUACGGGGAGACUCUGUGGUUUCUUAACAUGACACUGGACGAUGACGGGGAAUAUGUGAGCAUACUGAGAACUCCCUCUCGCUGCUACAGGCAGGCCACCAAGCUGGUAGUGGAACUGCCAAGAAAUGGAGAGUGUGGUAGGCCAAGGAAAGCUGACCAAAUACUCAUAGAGGGAGUCGUUGACAAACUGUCCUGCCCUCUAAAUAGCUAUAUCAAGACACUGGAAAGCUACAACAUCAGUUCCUCAAUCAAGUGGUACAGAGGUUGUGACCCCAUAGUGGAUGGGACAGGCAGGUACACCUACAGGGACACGAGCAAACUGCAGAUUGACAAGGUGGAACAAAAAGACAACAGCUCAUUCACCUGUACCUUGACCUUUACUCUUGGUGGUAUCACAGGAUCCAUAUCAGAGACCAUUGGCACAUUGCUUAAAGUGGAGUACACUUUGGUUCCAGAAGUGCAUGAACCAGCCAAUGAAAUACUCAAGGCACAGAUGGGGUCCAAUUUCAGCAAGCCGUGCCGAGUGUUUGUGCCGAGUGUUGGGAAGGACUGGGUGCAUGUCAUUUGGGCUGUAAGAGUCAAUCCGAUUAGUACCAACCCCUCUGAUCGCAUCUACACAUCAGAACAACGCAAUUGGCGCCAGGAUGUUCCUCGUAAAGGUGUGUGGUAUGAGAAACUGCUGAUUAUUUCUGAGCUGAGGGAGGAGGAUUUCCACAUCAACUACACUUGCCAAGUGUACAGUGACAGGGGCUUUCCUCAGGGAAAUUUUACCCUGCUACCAGCAUGUCAGAAUCCCAACAUCAUACUUCACAUUACAUUUGCUCUUGCUGGCGUGAUGGUCCUCUUUAUCCUCAGUGUCACCAUCUACUACCUUUUUAAGGUUGACAUUGUGCUGUGGUUCAGGAGAGUGUUUCCAGUCUUCUAUACAAAUAAAGAGUUGGAUGGGAGGCUGUAUGAUGCCUAUGUGGCAUACCCACAGCCCUGUUCAAUCGGAUUCAGCAAGGAAGUGGAGACAUUUGCCCUUCACACACUGCCUCAAGUGUUGGAAAAUGCUUGCGGCUACAAACUCUUCAUAGCAGGCCGUGACUGUCAGCCCGGGCAGGCCAUAGUGGACUCAGUGGAAGAGAAUAUACAAGCCAGUCACCGCCUCCUUCUGCUCUACACCGCCACCACUUUCACCAGCAAAGGACACACAAGCAGCCCUCGCAAUAACAACAUAUCUAAGAGCAGUGAGAGCACCGAAAGCAAGACCAGAGAAAGCAGCAGCAGCAUGAGUUUUGAUGGUAGUGAAGAAGUCCAUUCAGACACAAGGCAGCAGUUGGAGUGCGUGGCAGCAAUGCACAGAGCGCUGCUGGAGGAAUCUCUCAAGGUGGUUCUGGUUGAGUUGGAAGAAGUCACCCCGGCUCAGCUGGCUCUUUUCCCAGAAUCAGUGCGUCACCUGAGGAAGAAGCAGGGCGCCGUGUGUUGGUGGAAGAACCGUAGGACGAGUAAGAUGACCUGUAUGAAGAGGAGAGAGGAUGAGGAGAAAGGUGGACAGGACACACAGUUGUCGCCAUCCCUCUCCCCUUCCUCCAGGUUUUGGAAGGAGAUGAGGUAUCAUAUGCCGGUGAGGGGCAAGAGGGUGGUGUACCCCGAAAACUGCCCUGCUGAACUUAUGAUGGAGAUGGAUUAUGAUGUGUGUUAGGCAUGGGACAGUUACCGGUUUCAAGGUAUCCCACGGUAUUAAAAAAAUCCAGGUUACAAAACCACUAAAAUGUUCUGUUAUAACGUUGGUGCGGUAUGAGCUGGGGGAUUUUUACGUCUUGUCAAGGAUGGAAAGUGCAGGAAUCCCACAGGUUGUGUGCAGCGUAGACUCCUCUCCGGUUGGUGCGAACUCUCAGUCACCUGUAUGUAGGAUGGCCGGAGGAGGGGGAACAACUGAACAUUUUUCCCCGCCACUUCCUCUACAAGACGAAGCCUUCUGUAUGAUCUGCUGUCAAAUAUGAUAUCCCAUUUAUGGGAGCAAUAUCUUGAAAUGAACAUUUGCAACAACCUAAGACAGUUAGCGUGUUUAGCACUAUAGUGAAAGAAAUACUAUUUGCUUGAUAGCAAGGCAGAUAACAUGGCUAAUUAGCUAAUCAGCUGGUUUCACCCCUCACGUUGCUUUAAGGAGCGGAGAGGGCCGAGUGAUUUUCAGCAAUUUAGUACAAUAAUUUAAUUUGGCUGGUAUAACGUUUAUACUUUGUCUUCCACCAUUGUGUCCAUCUGUUACAAAUCAUGACAAUAAGAGAGUUUCUUACCCAGAGAGUUGACAUUUAAAAUGAACACAUUUUAGAACAGUAAUUGCAAUACCGCAAUACCAUGAAACCAUGAUAUUUUUCUUGCUUAAGGUUUAUCAUACCGUGACAAUCUCAUACCGGUCCACGCUAAUAUUUGUCAACUGUUUGAACAUGCAAAUGUAUAAAUAAGUAAAGAAAAAAAUGUAUUUGUACAGUAUUAUAAUAAGUCAAGCAGUAAACAGUGCUUUUCCUUUGAAAUACUGUCUUAUUUAUUGUUACUGAACAACAGAUGAACUCAAAAAACCAAGGGAGGGAAAAGGUUAUUAGUGUGUAUUAGGGGUGGGGGAAAAAAAACACAAAAAACGAUACAGAAUAGUAUCGCGAUAUUUUGAAAGGCAAUAUCGUAUCGUAACACGAACGUCAAGUAUUGAUCUUUUAUUAUAUAAAUUGUACAUGAGAAGUUUGUUUUUUGGCACUAAUAAAAUUGCUUUUUCAGUCCGCUAGAAAAAGCAUUUUCCUUUGUGGACACAAUUUAAAGUUGGGAAAAAGAUAAAAUAUGUUUAAAAUCGCAAUAAUAUCGUAUCGUGACGUAAGUAUCGUGAUAAUAUCAUAUCGUGGGGCCUCUGGUGAUUCCCACCCCUUGUGUGUAUGCUGAUUCAGCAUCAUUAAUCUUUAUUAAAUGUUAUUCAGCACCAUUUUACAUAUUUUUUUGUUCUUAGCAGCAUGCAAUAGCCUUCAAAUUAGCACUGACUGUAGACUGCCAUGGGACACAAAUUGUACACCCCAUAUUGUAUAUGUAUAUUCAAUGUUAAAGACACUCUGGGUAACGGUACAGAUUUCAAACUGGAUAUGUUCCCUGAAGACAGUAUUUGUAUAAACGCUAGAUUAUUAUGUCAAUAAACUGGAAAUUUGCAAAGGAA